AUGCAAAGAACAGCAAGAGUGUACUCUAUCCACCCAAAAACAGAGGAGUUGGAGGCUCUGUUUGGCAAGACCACACUCCCAAAUAAAAUCCUUCAGAUGGAACUGGCUUUGAAAUUCAAUGUACUGGAAUCAAAAGUUAAGGUCUGCUUCAGGAAUCAGUGAUUUUAAAUGAGAACUAAGCAGUGGCCGCAGCAGCAUUCACUAAAGAAACCAAGGAAGAUUAUUCCAGCAAAGAAGAAUAUGCUCACCUCACCCAAGGCACCCACCAAUCCUUAUUCUUUUUUUCCUGUAACUUCAGAUUUUUAUCAUUCCCUUCCACCUCAGCCAUUGGGCACUUCUAGUUGGGCACAGGACUCUCUCUACUUAGAUUCCACAAGCAAUGUCCAAAUGCAAGAUCCACAGUGGUAGAAGCUGGUAGCUUCUGUUCCUGCUUUGUUGUCUGAUGCCCAUGACAUAGUGCAAAUCAUGGAACUGUAUCAUUUUCCUGAUGAAGAUGUGAUGUCCAGCUGGUUUGUUGCCUGA